CUGAACUCCGGCCGCCACGUGCCACAUCUCCGAGACCAAGCAGCUGCAAGCGGCGUUCAUGGGGUGCCCGAGAUCCUUAUCUGCUUGCCAGAGCACUGCUGCUUCAGUACAUGCCCAAUGGUAGCUUGGCGGCACGCUUGCACACUAAAUAUAGGGAACCAUUAGGGUUCAUCAAGAGAUUGGAUAUUAUGAUCGGCGUGUCGGAGGCAAUGGAGUAUCUGCACCAUCAUCACUAUCAAGUUGUUCUACACUGCGACCUGAAGCCUAGCAAUGUGUUGUUUGAUGAGGAGAUGACGGUGCAUGUUGCCGACUUUGGCAUCGCAAAAUUACUUCUAGGCAAUGACAACUCUGUCGUUUCAGCGAGUAUGCCAGGGACAAUUGGCUAUAUGGCACCAGAGUAUGCUUUGGUGGGAAAAGCAUCACGGAAAAGUGAUGUGUUCAGCUUUGGAAUAAUGCUGCUCGAAGUCUUUUGUGGAAAAAGACCCAGUGACCCCAUGUUCACGGGAGAAUUGAGCCUGAGGCAAUGGGUUUCCCAAGCAUUUCCUGUAACUCUUAUUGAUGUUGUGGACGACAGGCUACUGCAAGAUGAAGAAAUUAAUCUUUGCUUUGAUCACCAGACCGACAUUUCUUUGGGGACUUCUCCAACUAGCAUGACUAACAACCUUCUUGUGUCAAUAUUUGAGCUGGGUCUGAUGUGUUCGAGCGAAUCGCCUGAGCAAAGGCUGGCAAUGAACGACGUGGCCACAAAGCUGAAGAACAUGAAAAAUGGAUUACUCUCCCUCUGCAUAGGCAAUGCAAAGUCCACAACAUAGCCAGUUUUUUUUUUCGAAAAGGAAGAGCCCACAACAUAGCGAG